ACUUCAACGGCGGAAAGCACUGAAAAGGAUUUCUCAGGAUAAAGAUUUUUAAACUAAGAACUACAAAUGACUGGAACAGCUGGCAGAUAAGAUCAGGAAAUCACGACAUGUGGCAUCAUGAACUAAACAAGGAUGACAGCUCACUAGAGCAGGAACUGAUCCACUGCUACAACAGUAUGGUGAAAAGAGUCCUAGUAGCCUACGCCCUGUGGGCGAUGGGUGGGCCUUUGGGUCUUCACCAUCUCUACUUAGGGAGAGACAGCCAUGCUCUGCUGUGGAUGCUAACUCUGGGAGGUUUUGGCUUUGGUUGGGCAAGAGAGCUCAUACGUAUUCCAACUUAUGUCAGCGAGGCUAAUCGAGAUACAAAAAAAGAAAGAGGGCCGCCCAAAGAGGGACUCCCACCUGUCAGCCCCGUCAGAUUUGCGGGGCAGGUGUGUGUUGGGAUCUACUUUGGCAUGGUGGCUCUCAUUGGACUAAACUCCCUCAGUUUCUUCUACUUGAUCGUUUUGCCCCUAAGCGUGGGUGCAGGGGUUCACUUGGUGUCCAGUGUUGGUCAACAGACUGCAGAUCUCCAAAAAACCCUCACUGCGUGUCUUGUGACAUCACCAAUAUUCUACGGCAGCUCUCUCUCACCUCUUCCUAUAAGCUUGGCGGCUAGCAUCACUGCUUCACAGCACCGCAGGUUCAAACCUCCAAAAGCCCUUGGCAGCCAGCAGAAACUAGGUCCACGGCUUUACAGGAUUGGUCUAGCUUGCCUUGCCUUCUCUGCUCCACUGGGUUAUUGUUUUUUUUACAACACUACAGCCACACUGUAUUACCUGUCUGACUCAAUAGCUGCACUGCUGGAUAUUUUCUGGUUCCUGCCUUGGCUCAGAAGUGUGCUGGAAUACUUUCUUUUAAUUCCAUACCGCAUCCUGUGUGCACUGACUGGAGGGGGGUACCACGAAGAGGCUUGGAGGAAGGUGCUGGAAGUACUGCUGAAAGAGUACACACACAGAGAAAAAGAGGCGCUAAAGGUGUUGUCAUUGGAGACAGAGGCAUCUCUUGAGGAAAUAACUCGAAGCUACAGGGAGCUGGCCAAGACAUGGCAUCCAGACCACAACCCUAACAACGAUGCUGAGAAAAUGUUCAUGAAGGUCCAGGAAGCUUAUGAGGUCUUGAUGCGAUGGCACAAACCCCAGAGAUUCAAAUAGUAGUGCUAUUUUUCUUACAUAUCGGCCAUCCUUGAGUUUAAAAAAAAGAUCUGUUUGUGGAUACAUGACAAAUCACUUGUACAGAGAUAUAUGUCUUGUUUAUUGAGCAUCUCUCAGUUGCAGUUCCUACAAUAAAUCGUCAGUUGGUUUCAGAUACAUUUUGCAGGGUUUGCAGGACAUGUUAUUAUGUUGAGAGGCAUUUCUUAAGCAAGGUUUGAGUGCUCUUUGUUUGUUUGUUUGGAAGAUUUGUCAUCAUCAUCAGUUCUUGACUGAUGGAACAAGAAAAGUGUCUAAAAUAUCAAUGUCCACUGUUGCAUUUGCUGCCUUCCGGGCAAAUUUACCUGUCUCUACAUUGUCCAUAUGUUUGGAAAUUUGGGAAAUUUAUUUUUUUAUCAGGCAGGCAGCUUCACAUGUUCCAUUGGAUUGGCAUGGCACCAAACAAGAUUCUGACUUCAUCUUCAUGUUCUACAUGCAGAUUCACAUUUGGGCCUUUCUGCAUGUAAAUCCCAUUUCAUCCUCAUUAUUUCUUUCAGUUCUGUGUUCUGAAAGGAAGUGUGCUUUGAAAUCUACCUUGAUGGAUUUUUAAAAAAUUAUUAUUUGAUUUUUAGAACUUUCCAAUUUGGAAAGAUUUAGGCUGUAGGUAAAGUUAAAUGAGAACACUCAACCCAUUUUUCCACACCCUGUGUUCUUUUGCCUUUCCUCCUACAGCCAAAACCAUGCAUGUUAUGUUAAUUGCAGGUUCUAAAUUGCACUAACAGUGUUUCUCAAUUCCGGUCCUCAGGCCCCCCUGCCCUGCAUGUUUUAGGUGUUUCCCUUCUGCCACACACCUGGAUUGAAUCUUUGGGGGAUUAACAGGCAUCUGUAGUACUUGGUGGCUGCAGAAGAUGUCAUGCAAUCAUUUGAAUCAGCUGUUCUGGUAUAGAGGCACAUCUAAAACAUGCAGAGCAGGGGGCCCUGAGGACUGGAAUUGAGAAGCACGGUAUGAGUGACUGUUUGUGACACCUGUCUCUAUUAUGGCCCUGUGAAGGACUUGUCACUUGUACAUGUUGUAUUCUGCAUGUCUACUAUUGCCCAGCAGACAUAGAAACCAGCUCCCCUGUGACACUGAACCUAACAUAAAGCAAGUAUAGACAAUAUACUUGCUUUAUUAACAAAUAUAUUGCUAUCAUAACAUUUAGUAUGUGCUAACACAACAUGUAUUGUCUAUACUUGCUUUAUAGAUAAAGCAAGUAUAGACAAAAAAUGGAUGGAUAAAUUUUUCAUCUGGCAUGAUCUCUUGAUGGAAUUACGUUUCCUGUCAGUCAGAGAGAUGCAACACCUUGUAUGGUCUCGUAUCACUUUCUUUUAACUUCACACUCAUUUGAAGACUUAUAGACUUGUGCAGGUGUUUGUUUCAGAAGUGCAAAAGAUAAGAUAAUUCUUUAAUUCUAUUGUUUAUCUGGGUGAUUUAAAAAUGUUUUCUCUAUUAGAUUUUAAAAGGCUAUAGCACAGAAAUGUCAGAUCAAUUAUUUGGAGCUAUGUUUGUACAUAACCAUGCUGUUUAAAUUUAUUCAAUAAAGUUCUGCAAUGAAUAUUUUUCUCAAAACCUGAACAUCAUAACAGAUGUUUCAUAACAGAAUUGCACUUUGCCUAAUGCAAUAGAAUUUUACACCUGUUUGAUUGUGCCAAAAACAACAAUUUGCUGCCAUCUUGUGGUACAAAUGCAAUAUUAAAAGAAGCAAAGUCAUUACUAAUUUUUACCUGCUGUCAUUAUCGGGUGUAUCCGCAGGUACUGAACAUUUUUACUUAUAAGUGUUUAUAAUGAUCAAGAUAAGUGCAAAUAAUAAAAAUAAUAAUACACAUUCCGGGCCUUUACGUAAAACCUGUUGCUGGUUUGCUAGACUGAUAGCGCUCAAAACACACAUUCUCACUGUGAUUGUGCAAUUUCUAAGAGCCUAUGUUGUUAUGAAACUAUAAACGUCAACAUAUUGUUUGUGUCCUAUGUGUGUAUCGAUGCAUUCGACAAUCACUGGAUCAACAGCUCUGUCUGUAUCCCAGCAUGGGCCCGGAAGUUGUUUGGAUUUCAGGUGAAAAAAAAGAC